UGUCACAACUUCGUGGAAUGUUUUCUAGAGCUUCCAAAAUGCCUCAGUAAAUCAAGACUGUUAUGCCCAGUGACUGCUUUGCUCCUGGAGCUCUUAACGUGAAGGGUCAGGAGCGACCCUGGCAGGCCUGGGGCUGACGUGUGUGGGAACAGUGGGAGUGACCCUGGCAGGGAGCGGGGCGCCUGCAUAUUGUUUCUCCAGCUCCUGUCCAGCUCCCGCUGCUCUCUGCCCUGGGCUCCGAGCUCUCAAGCACCCACGGAUGGCGUUCCCGGGCAGGGCGCGCCCCUAUGUCAUCCCAGAGAAUGAAGAACUACCCCAGACAGCCCUUAACAGUAUCCACCAGGCGAAUGGCAGUGAAGACGAGAGGGCUGUGUCGAAACUGCAGCGCAGACACAGUGACGUGCAAGUCUACAAGGAGUUCUGUGACUUUUAUGCGAAAUUCAACAUGGCCAAUGCCCUGGCCAACGCCACUUGUGAGCGCUGCAAGGGCGGUUUUGCGCCCGCUGAGAAGAUCGUGAACAGUAAUGGCGAGCUGUACCAUGAGCAGUGCUUUGUGUGUGCUCAGUGCUUCCAGCAGUUCCCGGAGGGACUGUUCUAUGAGUUCGAGGGAAGGAAGUACUGUGAGCAUGACUUUCAGAUGCUUUUUGCUCCUUGCUGUCAUCAGUGUGGGGAGUUCAUCAUUGGCCGCGUUAUCAAAGCCAUGAAUAACAGCUGGCAUCCUGAGUGCUUCCGCUGUGACCUGUGCCAGGAAGUUCUAGCAGAUAUUGGGUUUGUCAAGAAUGCUGGGAGACAUCUGUGUCGCCCCUGUCAUAAUCGUGAGAAAGCCAGAGGCCUUGGAAAAUACAUCUGCCAGAAAUGCCAUGCCAUCAUCGAUGAGCAGCCUCUGAUAUUCAAGAAUGACCCUUACCACCCAGAUCACUUCAACUGUGCCAACUGCGGGAAGGAGCUGACCGCUGAUGCCCGGGAGCUGAAAGGAGAACUGUACUGCUUGCCGUGCCAUGAUAAAAUGGGGGUUCCCAUCUGUGGCGCUUGUCGACGGCCCAUUGAAGGGCGUGUCGUGAAUGCCAUGGGCAAGCAGUGGCAUGUGGAGCAUUUUGUUUGUGCCAAGUGUGAAAAACCAUUUCUUGGACAUCGCCAUUAUGAAAGGAAGGGCCUGGCAUAUUGUGAAACCCAUUAUAACCAGCUUUUUGGUGAUGUUUGUUUCCACUGCAACCGUGUUAUAGAAGGUGAUGUGGUCUCUGCUCUUAAUAAGGCCUGGUGUGUGAACUGUUUUGCCUGUUCUACCUGCAACACUAAAUUAACACUCAAGAAUAAAUUUGUGGAGUUUGACAUGAAGCCAGUCUGUAAGAAGUGCUAUGAGAAAUUUCCAUUGGAGCUGAAGAAAAGACUUAAGAAACUAGCUGAGACCUUAGGAAGGAAAUAACUUCGUUUAUUUUAUUUUUUCUCUUCUAUGCAAAGAUAAGAGAUUACCAACAUUACUUGACUUGAUCCACCCUAUUUAAAGCUAUAUCUCAAAAUAGUUGAGAGGGCAGAGGACCUAUAUGAAUGGUUUUCUUCAUCUCCUUUUUGUCAUUAAAAAAGAAUAAAAGUUUGUGUAAUCAUAUUUAAAAUACAGAUGAAAUCAAGAUUUGCCUUUGUUAAUAACCCUUAUCAAUUUGUUGAAAUGUAGACUAUACUUAACAGCAAAAAACACAUGUUAAAUGUUAAAUUUUAAUUAAGGUCCAAAAAAUUAAAUAUAAAUUUUUAAAAUGAUAGUAAGGAGUCAGCUUUUACAUGAUUCAGAUAAAAAAUAUACACAUUAUUUUACUUUGUAUUCGGAAGAAAAAUUACCAACCAAGAAAAACAAAUCUUUCAGAAUUUUAAUAUGUUUAUCAAACUAGUAGCUGAUGUUCCUUUUACGAUGCAUAUACACAUUAUUAAGACGAGAAACAAGUAUUUUCAGAACUACUUGAUUUUGUUUUUUUGUUGUUAAAUGCAAUAGUUAUUAAGCUUAGUUAUAUACUUUUGUUCUCCUUGUGAAUUUCUUCCUUUAUACAAUUACUUAACACAAUAGUUAUAGCUAGUUAAUGGUAUAUCUUUUUAAAUUUUGUGCAAAAAAAUUUAUACUAGGUAUUUGAAAAUACAGUAUACUUUACAAUAUUGGAAAAAUGAAGGAUUUUUUAAUUGUAUUACAGAAAUUAUGCUUCUAAGCUUAAGGUCAAAGAUAUAGUCUUAGAAUAGGACAUGAAAUUAAAUUUUAUGUAGUUUGGAAUGUAUCACUUAAAAAAAAUGAAUGUAUAUGUAUUGGUCAUAUUGCCUUUAUAACCAUCCUAAUAUCCAUGCUUUAUACGUAAUCAAACUUGCCUUGCCUUAGAAAAACACA